UCCAGUUUGUACAUGUGUGUUGUGUGCAGUAUUGAAGAUGGGUAAACGAAGGCAGAAAAGUCACCUUUUUAACAGUUUAACCAAGAAACAGAAAAAGCAUCUGAAAGAUUUUGGAGAAGAGCACCCUUUUCACGAUAAUGUUAAUGAAAAGGUGGAGGCAACACAUAUCGUUGAACUGCCAGACAGUCUGGACCAGUCAAGUGCAGAGAGCGAUGUGGAGAGCGAGCCAGAGCGUGUGUCUGCCUAUCAGAAACUGCUGUCCACAAUGAACAGUCCUGAGGAGGAGGAGGAGGAGAGUGAGGAAGAGGACGGGAGUGAUGAGGGGGAGGAUCCUGAAGUAGAGGAGGAGAGCGAGCAGGAGGUGGAAGAAGGUGGUGAUGAAGAUGAUGAGAGUGAGGAGGGUGAGGAAGAGAAUGGAAUACCAGGGCAGGAGGCAGAGGAGCAGGGCGGAGAUGAAGCUGAGGAAGUAGGGAUCCCAGGCGAGGAAUUCACUGACAAGGAGCAUGAGUCUAAAUUCAGCCUGGAGACCAACGUCCUGGGAGAAGAGGAGGAGAGCACUGAGACAGGAGAGAGCAUCUCACAGAGGGCCAGUUCACAGGAUCCCUUUGUGCAGCACCUCGACACAGAGCUGAAUGACGAGGAUGUGAAGACCAUAACAACAAAUGACAAAACAAGGACACAUGUGAAGUGGCCAAGACUGGGCAACCUGGUGUACACCUCCAGUCAGCAGAAGUACAGCUCACCUCUCAGUGCGCCCAAGGACUUGAGCCCAAGCCAGGCACACCUCUACAAACCCCUGGAGUUGACCUGGCCCAAAGUGAACCAGCCCUUCCUGCUCCCGGAGCACCAGCACGGUUUCACCCCCCUGCAGCAAGAGCUCCUCAGCAUCAUGGGCAGCUACCGGGACCUGUAUCUCCCUGAGAGCUCUGCCCUGGCCAAUGGGCCGCAGGUGCGCAGUGUGUACUGCCUGCACGCUCUCAACCACGUGCUCAAGGCCAACUCCCAGGUCCUCGCCCACAACACCCAGCUGCGCAACACCAAACCUGGCUCUGAGCCAGAUGAGCUGCGGGACCAGGGGCUUACCCGGCCCAAGGUUCUGAUUCUGGUUCCGUUUCGAGACUCUGCUAUGUGUGUGGUUCAGACCCUCAUCAGUCUGCUAGAGGUGGGCGACAAGAAGCUGGAUGUGAGCAACAAGAAGAGGUUCAAGGAUGAGUUUGGCUCCGACCCGGAGAACCAGCCAGCUAACCUCUCAAGACCCGAUGACUACCACGCUGUCUUCUCAGGGAAUGUGGAUGACCACUUCAGGAUAGGUGUGUCUAUCCUGCAGAAGAGCAUGCGUCUCUACUCCCCCUUCUACUCCUCUGACAUCAUCGUCGCCUCUCCACUGGGGCUGCGUACCGUGCUGGGGGUGGAGGGUGACAAGAAGAGGGAAUUUGACUUCCUGUCCUCCAUCGAGCUGCUCAUCAUUGACCAGGCUGACGUCUUCCUUAUGCAGAACUGGGAGCACGUGCUGCACGUGAUGAAGCACCUGAACCUGCAGCCGCUGGACUCUCAUGGGGUGGACUUCUCCCGGGUCAGGAUGUGGAGCCUCAACAACUGGAGUCGGUAUUACAGGCAGACCCUGCUGUUCAGUGCCAUCCAGGACCCCCAGAUCAACGCAAUCCAUAGCAAGCACUGCUGCAACUACCGGGGCCAGGUGGCUGUAAAGAACUUGCCCAAAACCGGCUCCAUCAGUCAGGUGCUGGUGCAGCUGCCUCACAUCUUUCAGAGACUGGAGGCAGACAGCUUCAUGGAUCAGGAUGCCAGAUUCCAGUUCUUUAUUGGUAAGGUUCUCCCGCAGUACCGGGACGCUGUCAUGUCUCACACGCUCAUCUACAUCCCCUCCUAUUUUGAUUACGUCCGACUGCGCAACUACCUGCGCAAGGAGGAGCUCAACUGCACACACAUCUGCGAGUACUCCAAGAAAUCGGAAGUCUCCAGAGCCAGGCACUUCUUCCAGACGGGGGACAAGCAGUUCCUCCUGUUUACUGAACGCUUCCACUUCUACAAGAGAUACACAAUCAAAGGGAUCUGCAACCUGAUUUUCUAUGCGCUGCCCACCUACCCACACUUCUACAGUGAGAUGUGCAACAUGCUGAAGGCUUCGAGCAGCGGAGAGGAGGCCACCUGGACCUGCACUGCCCUGUACUCCCGCUACGACAUGCAGAGGCUGGCUGCCAUCGCCGGGGCAGAGCGCGCUGCUCAAAUGCUGCAGUCUAAGAAAUCAGUCCACUUGUUCGUCACUGGGGGGGAGGAAACGCUGUAACUCAAUCAUGCACCUCUGUCUCUAGGUUCUACUAGAAACAUAACUAGUUUGUUUAACCAAAAGGCUGUUUAAUUGGUACAGUGUGUAACCUCACAAUGUCAUGUAGCAGUGUGUAGUUAAUUCCCCAUGGGCCACGGAAUCCAUUCCAGGAGGAUUAGACCAAAGUGCUGUGGUUAAGACUUUUUUUUUUUUUUCACAAUUUCAUUACUUGUAGUGAAACUGCAAGAAGCGAAUUAAUUUUAAGUAAUAGUCUUUUAGCAGUUUUCUGAUAAACCUGAUGAUUAGGGAAUGUGUUUGUCUGUUUGGUUUCUUAUAAUCCAACCUGCUGUAAUGUAUGAUUGAGCGUUGGAAGGGUGAAUACCAAUACGGGGGAGGGGGGGGGCUUAUGUGGGGUUUAGCCAACUGUAAAUUCAUCCCUAUAAAUGUUUGCCAUUUCCACGAUACAGCAUUGAAUAUCAAAGCUGUGGCUCACUUCAGAGGUAGACUGGGUUUAAUCAGCUACACUUUUAAGUUGGCCUUUCUGUAGAAAAUUAUUUCAAAUACAUUUUCUAAGACCCACUUAACAACCCCCAAACAAAAAUAAAUAGUUUCAAUAGCGAGUUGUGCGCUAUUUUGCAGGUUAUGCUUGGGAUUGUCCCAUCUAUCAGUGUUGUAAGCUUUCAUUCAAACAUUUUAAACCCGAAAGUUAAUGUAAUGUCUUUCUUUUUAAUAUUUUUAAUGCUAUGUUCUAAUAACAGGUGUCUGUGCAUCUCAGAACUAAAGCGGGGAUAACAAUAUAUUCCUGAUGAAACCUG